GAACUCUAUUUUUCUUGACACCAGAUGGCACAUUGAGACCUUUGGCCAUUGAGUUAACAAGGCCACCAGUAUGUGAUAAACCUCAAUGGAAACAAGUAUAUUGCCCUACUUGGCAUGCCACUGGUUCUUGGCUUUGGAAGUUAGCUAAAGCUCAUGUUCUUGCUCAUGAUUCUGGCUAUCACCAGCUUGUUAGUCACUGGCUAAGAACUCAUUGUGCUACAGAGCCAUACAUCAUAGCAACAAAUAGGCAACUUAGUUCAAUGCAUCCAAUAUACAGAUUACUGCAUCCUCACUUCAGAUACACAAUGGAAAUAAAUGCCAUAGCUAGAGAUGCUCUUAUUAAUGCCAAUGGCAUUAUUGAGAGUUCAUUUUUCCCUGGCAAAUACGCCAUGGAGUUAAGCUCGGUUGCUUAUGAUCUUGAAUGGCGAUUUGAUCGACAGGCACUCCCUGAAGACCUCAUUAGUAGGGGAAUGGCCGUGAAAGAUCCAAAUGCACCAUAUGGUUUGAAACUAACAAUAGAAGACUACCCUUUUGCAAAUGAUGGUUUAGUAUUAUGGGACACCCUUAAACAAUGGGUAACAGACUAUGUCAACCACUACUAUACAGAAACCGAACUCAUAAAAUCCGAUACAGAACUUCAAGCUUGGUGGACAGAGAUAAAAGAUGUUGGACAUGGUGACAAGAAAGACGAGCCGUGGUGGCCAGAACUAAAAACCCCAGAUGACUUAAUUGGAAUUAUCACAACAAUAGUUUGGGUGACUUCUGGACACCAUGCAGCAGUAAACUUUGGACAAUACAGUUAUGCAGGCUACUUCCCAAAUAGGCCAACAACUGCUAGAGCAAAAAUGCCAACUGAGGAUCCAACUGAUGAAGAAUGGGAGAAUUUCUUGAAAAAACCCGAGGAUGCACUAUUACAAUGCUUCCCUUCACAAAUCCAGGCAACAACAGUCAUGGCAGUUUUGGAUGUUUUAUCAAAUCAUUCUCCAGAUGAAGAAUAUCUUGGAGAGAAAAUAGAACCUUACUGGGCAGAGGAUCCUGUGAUUAACGCAGCGUUCGAAAAAUUUUCUGGAAGAUUAAAGGAACUUGAAGGGAUUAUUGAUGGUAGAAAUGCUGAUUGCAAUUUGAUGAACAGAAAUGGAGCUGGAGUUGUGCCUUAUGAACUGUUGAAACCAUUUUCUGGACCUGGUGUUACCGGAAAAGGUGUACCUUAUAGCAUUUCCAUUUGAUUUUCAUGACAUGAAUUUUGUAAUAAGAUGCAAGUGAAAGAACAAUAAUGCAAGCCAAAUGUGCUAUUUUUUCUUUUGCAAAUGCUCA